GGUCGGAGGAGAGUCUGGCCGCUGAGCACCUUGAAAAUCACCUUCCCACUCCAUCCCCCUUCUGGCUCCCCAUCAUCUGCUGAGAGCUAGUUCCACCACUCAGUAAAACCUCGCACUCAUUCUCCAAGCCCACGUGUGAUCCAAUUUUCACAUGCAUCAAGGCAAGAAUCCCAGGAUACAGAAAGCCUUUUGUCCUUGCGAUAAGGCAGAGGGUCUAACUGAGCUGAUGAACACAAGCCACCCACAGAUGGCAAAACUGGAAGAGCAUCCUGUAACACACGCCCACGGGGGCUUCAGGAGCUGUAAGCCUCCACCCCUAGAUGCUGCCGUGAGGUCGGAGCCCCAUAGCCUGCCUGUCUGCAUGGUCCCCCUAGAGGUUUGAGCAGUGGGUCAUGGAAGAAGCAAGCCACACCCCCAUCGCAUGCCCUGUGAAGGGGAUAAGGGAACUUUUUCGCUUCACCACUAUGCCUGAAUAUUUUUUUAAUUAAAAAAAUUUUUUUUUUUUGUAGAGACAGAGUUUCACCAUGUUGCCUAGGCUCGUCUCAAACUCCUGGCCUCAAGUGAUCCUCCCUCCUCGGCCUCCCAAAGUGCUAGGAUUACAGGCACCGAGAAGAGCUCGGAAAAGAGCAGAAGGCACUGCCAGCUCCAACGUCUUCUCCAUGUUUGAUCAGUCCCAGAUCCAGGAGUUUAAAGAGAGUCUGGCUCUGUCGCCCAGGCUGGAGUGCAAUAGCGUGAUCUCCGCUCAUUGCAACCUCCACCUCACGGGUUCAAGGAAUUCUCCUGCCUCAGCCUCCCAAGCUUUCACCAUCAUGGACCAGAACCGCGAUGGCUUCAUCGACAAAGAGGACUUGAGGGACACCUUUGCCGCACUGGGCCGCAUCAAUGUCAAGAACGAGGAACUGGAGGCCAUGGUGAAGGAGGCCCCCGGACCCAUCAACUUCACGGUGUUCCUGACAAUGUUUGGGGAGAAGCUGAAGGGCACGGACCCAGAGGAGACCAUUCUCCACGCCUUCAAAGUGUUCGACACUGAAGGAAAAGGUUUUGUCAAGGCCGAUGUCAUCAAAGAAAAACUUAUGACCCAGGCAGACCGCUUCAGUGAGGAGGAGGUCAAGCAGAUGUUUGCAGCGUUCCCCCCAGAUGUGUGCGGCAACCUGGACUACAGAAACCUGUGCUACGUCAUCACUCAUGGUGAAGAGAAGGAUUAGGGGAUCACGAGUCUCCCCAGCGUUCAGGGGCAGCAAACACUGUUGCAGGGUGUGACGGGGAGCUCUUGCAACCGGCGGGUACAAGAAAAAGUGUUCCCUUGUCUAUGGUUGGGGACAAAGCAAGAAUAAAUAAUGCUAACGAGGUCUGA